AUGGCUGAUCCAGAUGCUCGUCCUUUAACGGCUUCAGAUGCCGGAUUUACGGAUAAAGAUCAGUCAUUUGUCAACAAUAGUCGUAGCACAAAAGUUCAAGCAUACACAAUAACAGAUCUAGAUGAAGAUUCUGAUGGAGAGCCUAUGAGCAUCCCUAAUAAGCAGCAGCCUUCAAAUCACUCAAAAGAAUUAGAGGAAGAAGAUGAUGAUGAUUUAGAGAGCAAUUCAGAUGAAGAAUACUGCGAUGCAACCUACACUUUUGAUUUAACAGGAACAAAUGAGGACGAUCAUGUAUCAACUUCUCCGCAGGACGAGAAAAAGAAAGGUAAUACUCUUGCUGCUAGUUUCGACGAUCUACCACAAGAUUUGAUUGAGCAUAUGGCCGAAGCAGCAUAUGAAGCAGAACCAGUUGGCAAACCAGAGCAACAAGCGGAACGAAUGCAAACAGAAGAUGAUCAUCACACUACUACGGAUGACGACGACGAAGGGUUAAAUGUCAAAACGGUUAAGAAAAUGCGUAAGAACUCUUUUGGUCCUGAGUUCAAUCCAGAAGAUGGUUCACGCCGGUGGUAUAUCGACAGCAAUAAUAAGAAGAUAAAGAUUCCCAAAACAAAAGGGCCAAAGGUCAGUUGGACAAAAGAAGAAAUAAAGGCUCUUGAAGAAGGCCUCGAAUAUUACAGAGGAACGCAGUGGGCUGAAAUUUUAAAGCGUAAGGAAGACGUUUUCAAGAAAAACAAUCGGGACAACAUAAGCCUGAAGGACAAAGCUCGAAAUGAGUAUAAUCGAAGAGUCAGAAUGAACGAAGCACUGGGUGGUUUUCGUUAUUAUGCUAAGAAACGUAGAAUCGAUCCAUAA